AUGAGGUUACCAUCAUUAGCGGUGACCGUUUCGCUAUUAUUAGCGGUGGUCACCUUCACCUCAGCAACAGAUACCGACUAUAACCCUCCUGAGGAGGAAAAUAAUCCUCCACACGGUCCUCCACAAGCCGUAGACUCUCAAUCCGCCAAAGGCAAAGGUAAAAAUUACAAUUUACCAAAUAAUAGCCACGGCAACUCUAAAGGUAAAGGAUUAAACCAUCUUAACGAUGUCCAUACUACCCAACACAUCAAUAAUGUAAGACUCGCCACCGCAAACCCAAUUGGCAAACAUACAACUGCCAAGGUUAUACCAAAUAUCCACCUUACAACUGGUAAAGCUAAAGGUGGAGCCAAAACAACUGCCAAAAUUAUACCAAAUAUCCACCUUACAACUGGUAAAGCUAAAGGUGGAGCCAAGACAACUGGAAAAGGCGUAGCCAAGACAACUGGUAAAGGUGGAGCCAAGACAACUGGUAAAGGCGUAGCCAAGACAACUGGUAAAGGCGUAGCCAAGACAACUGGUAAAGGUCAAGCCAAGACAACUGGUAAAGGUCAAGCCAAGACAACUGGUAAAGGUCAAGCCAAGACAACUGGUAAAGGCGUAGCCAAGACAACUGGUAAAGGCGUAGCCAAGACAACUGGUAAAG